AUGAUGUCUGCCGGAAUCUUGUCGACAAAGCGAAGGACUACCACAUUCUACAACUUUCUACUCACGAACACCCCAACAUGCGAGGACCGCGAACUCCGUCACGAAAAGUAUUUAGUGGUGAAAUAUUGUACGCUGGGACGGAGUUGGUGUAGCUGUCUUCGACAACUUUCUCUACGCUGUUGGUGGCCACGAUGGAAGCAUACGUAUUUGAAAAGCAGUGAGAGAUUCGAUCCCGCUACUGAAGCAUGGUCGAGUGACGUAGCUCCCAUGUCCCAUGCCCGGUUCGGACAUGGUGUGGCCACGCUUGACGGUUUCAUUUAUGCGGUGGGCGGAUACAGUGGCGCAGCUCUUGGACGUUGUUGA